CUGCUGCUAUAUUACUGUGUUCACUGGGUUAUAUACAUGAUUUUGUUAAUUUUUCUAAUUUUUCUUGUAUAUAUACUUGAUGGUUCUUCAGAUGCAGAGUAAAUCUUACAAACGUAGGCUGCGCCGAAAGGCAGAAAAAGAGAGACAAAAAAAAAUUAGACGCGAUGAAGUAAUUAGAAUAGUGACACAAGCUCAGAAAUCUUUUGGAGAGGAAUCAAGUGAAUCAGAUGAAAACUCAGAUGUGUCAUUAGAACAACUUAAGAUAUUUUGUGAACAAAGUCAAGAAACUGUUAAUAGAUUUUCAUGCGACAGAACUGAACAUACAGGAGAAUCUGAAGACUUUGAGUAUGAAAUAAAUAAUGAUGGCUUCAUUUCUGAUAGUGAGGAAGAAUUAAGUCAAUGGUCUUGUAACGAUGAUAAUACGAAUGAUAGCAGUGCAAAUGAGCAGUCUGGAUUUACUAGUGACAAUGAUGAUGAUAAUGUUGUUCAAUUUCCUAACAAUGAAGCUAAAGAAUUGUAUGUUAAAGAAACAAUCCGUGAGUGGGCAUUGGAGGGGGGAGCUCUCUCCAUGAAGAAACUUAAUAAUUUAUUAUUGAAUCUCAAUGUAGUACACCCUACUUUGCCAAAGAAUUAUAAGUCAUUAUUAAAAACUCCCUCUCAUUUAAAUAUUGUAGAAAUAGAACAAGGUCAAAUAUGGUACAAAAGCGAUUUAAUCUUGAUACUAUGUUAUUGGAAGAAUAUUUAGAAACAUAUCAUCAAAUUUGCAUUGAUAUCAACAUGGAUGGACUUCCAAUCUCUAAAAGUUCACCGCUUAAAUUUUGGCCAAUAUUAGGUCGUCUUAUUGGUUCGGAAAAUGAGCCAUUUGUUAUAAGCAUCUAUUUUGGAAGAACAGAUCCCACUGAUAUAAGAAGCUUUUUAAAUAAUUUUGUGAAUGAAGUUGAAGAUUUAUUUCAAAACUUUCAAUGGAAUUACAUAUCCCUUUCUUAUAAGAAAUUUCAUUCUUGAUGCACCUGCUCGUUCACUGGUGAAAUGCUGUGUAGGACAUGGAGAAUAUGGAUCAUGUGAAAAAUGCACUGUUAUAGGAGAGACUGUACAUUCAAGACGGGUUUAUAUUGAGCUCAAUGAAUUUAAGGACAGACGAAUCAUUUAAAAAUAGGGAACAACCCCUUCAUCAUUGUGGACAAUCACCUCUUGAAGAGAUUAACAUUGGGAUGGUUUCUCAAUUCAGAUUAGAUCCAUUUCACUUAGUUUGGCAUGGAGUAUUUAAGCGACUUCUGGAGGUGUGGCACAAAUGGAAUGGUCCAUGGAAAUUGCAUAGAGAAAUAAGAUGGAAUAUAUCUUUUCUCCUUCUUUCCAUAGCAGAUACUUGUCCAAGAGAUUUUGUAAGAAAACCAAGACCACUAAAAGAGUGGACCAUGUAUAAAGCUACUGAAGAACGUCGUCUAUGUCUUUAUGAUGGCAUUGUAGUUUUUAAAGAUAAUCUUCAACAAAAUGUUUACCAUCAUUUUCUAAUGUUGCAUGGUGCUCUUACCAUCCUAUCUUCUCCCGUGCUCGUUCAGUCAGAGGUCAUGUGUCAUUAUGCUGAUAAUUUAUUGCGAGCAUUCAUUAAUCAUUCUAUUGUAAUUUAUAGUAAAAUGUUUGUGGUAUAUAAUGUGCAUGCACUUGCCCAUUUAGCUCAGGAAUGUAUCUUUCACGGAACAUUAGAUAAAUUUAGUGCCUUUUCUUUUGAAAAUUUUUUAAAAUCUUUCAAGAGUUUGCUUAGAUCAGGUUAUAAGCCUUUGCAACAAGCUGCACGUCGUGAUCUAGAAAGAACAGCUUCAGUGUCAGUGCAUCUUUCAACUAAUGAUAAAAAAGUUACUUUGUCACAUAGGCAUUAUUAUCAAGGCGAGGUCAUUGAAGGUUCUUAUUUCCAAAGUAUUUCCAUUGGUGAUGUUGUUUUAAAGAUUGGACGGAGAGACUCUUGUUUUAUGACAAUUGAUGGGAAUGUUUUUGUAUUACUAAAUGUUGUGAAAAGACAAGAAAAUAUUUACUUGAUUGCAAACAAGUUUAACAAAAAAGAAGAUUUUUAUGUAUAUCCUUUCCCGUCAUCUGUUGUUCGUAUUUUUAAAGUAUCAAAUCUCGGUGAUGAAAAAAUUGUAGUAGUAUUGACAGAUAUUCAAUCAAAGUGUUGGUUAAUACCUUACAAAGAAUUCUUUGUUUCAGUUCCUAUUUUGCAUUCUAUGCCUAUGUUUUGACUUUUUUGCUCAGCGUUAUGUAAUAUACAGGCGACUUUCUAAUAUUACUAUUUUUUUGGCAUUUGUUUUAUUUUAGUUUGUUGUUUUAAAAUUUGUACCCGAUAAUGACAACAAUAAUAUUUACUACGAUAUCGGUCUCUCAAAGUAGUUGAUUGGAGUGAAUGAAGAUAUGGAAGGUGAAACGUAUUGGCCACCACAUAAUGUUGAAGCCGAAAGCUUGGUCCGUAAAGAAGUAAAUGCAAAUAAAAAUUGGCCCAAAUAUCGUGUACAUAUCAAGAGAUAUCACGGUACAUAUUUGUUUUUAUUUACUAAAGUCUUUUUUGUUUUUGUUUUAUACGAAUAUAUGUGGGCGUAUAUGGAUUUGUGAUUUUAAAAAAUUGUCCGUUUUGGUAUUAUACUUAUUGUUUGGUAUGCUAAAUUAUAGAUGAAUACAUAAAAGCAAGAAAUAAUGUUAAAGGAAUUACUAAACAUGAUGAUUCUAAUUAUAAAACAGAAAAGGAAUUAGGUAGAGGCAUGCGUAAAAAGACAAAUAAGAUAUUAUCGUCAACAUCAUCUUCAGACUCUGAUGAACAAAAACGUGUAAAAAAAUCGACCAAAUCAGUUGCAACUCCUCCAAAUGUGCAACCACCUCUUCAUUGUAAUUUUUAUGGUUCAGUCCCUUCGUAUUCACACUUCAAUGAAAGUCAGAAGAAGAAGAAACUUAACAUCAAAGUCGACGCGCAUAAAUCCCAGAGGAUACAGAAGCAGCAAGCUUCUCUUAAUUGCUCUAGUAUUAAAAGAAAAGCAGUACUUGUACAAAAUGUAUUGGAUGCAAGAAAAAGAGCAGCAGGGCAAAUUUAAAAAAAAUUGUCUUUACAAUCCCUUUCCAGCAACCGAAUUAUUAACGAUAUAAAUUCGCUGAAACAACUUCCUCAGAAACACCAAAUUGAAUUAGUGCAUACUGAGAGAUCGAAAUGUAAUAAACAGACAUUAUCUGAGAAUAAAGUGACUGAGAAUAAUAAUAAACUUCAACAGUCUGAAAAAAUCUCACCGUUACCUAAUGUUGAAAACAACUCUGAUUUUGAGAAUUCAACGGACUUGACUUAUAGUACUGAAGAUUCUACAGCAAAUUAUGUAGCAGUUAAAAAAUCUAUGCUUCAUACUCAUAUGGAUAUUCCCUCUAAAGCAGCAUUAAACGAGAAUAUGAAGUUACCACAGUUUUGCAACAAGAAUACUAAUGACGAGAGUCAGAAAUCUUCCUUUAAGUUGCCGUCGUCCGAGACAGGUAAUAAAAUGCAAGGUUAAUAUUCUACAUUAAGUUGUUAUCUCUUAACAUGAACUAGAGACAAUCCAAUCAAAUUUACAUAUUUAAUAUACUGAAUAUUCCUUUUUUCUCAUUUUUACUUAUAAUUACAAUUAUAUUAAUAUGAAAAGUAAAAAUUAAGCCUCUUAUAUCUGUAUCUGCUCUAAAAUUAUUUUCUCUAUAAAAGCAGAAAUAAAAGAAAUAAAAAUUUGUGAAACAUUCAUCAAUCUAAUUGUUAAUACGAAAAAUUGUGUCACUUAAAAAAUUGAAAAAUGCUUUUUUUCAGAUUUGAGACUUCAGAUUAUUAAGGUUGAUCGGAAAUUGGAAGAAAUAAAUUGUAAGAUAGAUACCGUUAUUAUGAACCAAGGAAAACUAAACAGGUCAUUGCUUCCUCAUGAAAAGAAAAGACUGAAACCCCAUAACAUGCCUCGUUUGCCUUUAACCAAUCAAAGUGAUGUCCAGGCAAUGGAGAAAUAGCUGUGUGAUGAUGAAAACAGCAUUGCUUUGUGUGAUUAUCUCACCUCUUUUGGGUCCACUAAUGAUAAAAAGAAAGCUGUUACCACAAUUAUGCAAAAACUAAUGUAUAAUUCCUUGGCAAAGCAUUACAAUUUUGAUGGCCAUGGUGAGAAGAUAGGCUUUAAGACACUCAAACUAUGGACAGUUAUUGAAGGUAAAAUUCUAAUGUUUUCUUAAUUUGCUCUUCAAUUAAUGUGUUUUUCUACCUUUUUUUUUUGCAAAUUUGGAGUACAACUUUAUUUCAACAAACUCUGAAAUAAUAAUCCUAUAAUUUUUAUAUGCAUUAUAUUCAUUGUGUCACACUAUGAUUAUACAUAUUUUCUCCAAAUUUACUGUGCUUAUAUCCUUGCUGCAAAUGUAUUCUGUAAUUUCUUUUAACUUAAUCUGAAUAUUCUUAUAAAUAUAUAUCCUUGAAUGAUUUUAUUAUUUCUCGUUUUGCAGGAACUUUGUCAGUUAAAUUUUUGGAGAGCGAUCUUGAAAUAGCAAUUAAAACAAUAAAGUCAUGGCUACGAAAUGCCAGUGGUAAGAAACAAGAGGAGGAAUCUAAUGGCUCUGAUAGCCAAGGAUAGCCUAAGUUUCUUUCUUUUUCUUAGAUUUCUGUCCAGAUUGUGAUAUUAUAAGUUUUCUAUAACAUAAUUUUAUUUUGCGGACACUUAAAUUAAUGUGAUACUAUGAAUCUAUGAUCUAUGCUAUGAAUUUUUAUUUUAGAACAUGUGUUGUGAUACUAUGCUAUGAAUUUUUAUUUUAGAAUAUGUGUUGUGAUACUAUGGUAUGAAUUUUUAUUUUAGAACAUGUGUUGUGAUACUAUGCUAUGAAUUUUUAUUUUAGAACAUGUGUUGUUAUAUAAAAACAUCACUUCUUUUCAGAUCUUA